AUGGCGAUAGCGAAAGUUUCGCCAUGGACACGCGCCUUCCCUACCAGUUUGGUUUGGCCAAUGGGUUUUUCUUGGUCAUCAGCGGUGGCUCAGGACACUACCUUGGCUACCUGCGUACAAGCCGGCAUUCAUGAAACUUCGAUUCUGAGUCCAGACCAUGAUCCUCCGGCGUGCCAAGACGAACUGGUGUUGGUGGCAACUGACGACACGGUGCUCUUCCACCGGGAUGUCGCCCGCGGCAAGAAGACCCUUCAAAGCUUGGAUGCUGCUUUCCGUGCCAAUGGUAUCCCGCGCAACUGCGCGAAAGACGUAACACUUGCGCCUGAAAUCACAGCUCUUGGAUGCGAACUCAGCAGUUCACCUCCUGUCGCCGAGCCGGUUGCAGGUCGUUUAGGCAAGGCCAUCCAGAGGACUGUGGACUUGUUGCGCACAGGUGUAGCCAGCCCUCGUGGUCUACACGCUUUACUUGGUGUGUGGGAAUGGUUCGCUCUCCUGCAACGAGGCUUUUUCAGCAUAUACAAGGACAGCUACGACUUCGUGGUGCAAACACCCGAGCAUGAGCCCGCACGUCUGCCGAACACUGUGCUGACAGAAUGUCUGGUGACCUUGCUACUUUCACCGCUGCUUUCUGCCGGGCUGGACCGUUUGCCAUUGAACACGCUCAUCGCCGCGGAUGCCAGCCCCGACUUUGGAUUCGGGGUGGUCGCAAGCCCCUGCUCAGCCACUGUGGCUUCCGAGGUGUGCAGACUGGCCGAGCGGCGUGGAGACUUCGUGCAUGGUUAUCUGCUGGGCCUAAAAUGGGCUGCUCGUGAUCCUCGCAAACACCACAGCAAGCUGCCUUGUUUGGUGGAUGCCAAAGCCGUCGUGGGUGCGGCAGCGAAGGGCCGCAGCUCUGCUCGCACUUUUCUGACAGUGUUGCGCAGUGCUGCAGCGUACGGUUUGGCUGCCUAUUUUUUGCCAGGAUUAUCUACAUGCGCAACGAAUCUAAUCCCGCAGAUGCCCCUUCGCACGGCAUGCGCCGGAGGCGAGGAGCGACAUGGAAAGCAACGACCUGCACGAGCCCGUCGCCUUGCUCACACGCUUGAACAGUUCUUCGAAUUCAAAGAGGGUGCCGCUGUCGCUCUGUUCACACAAGCCGGGCAUGUUCUGUGUCAGCAAGGCUGUUCGGGGUUUUCGCUGACCUACAGGCAGCUGCUGGAGAAGCUGUUUGCUGCUUGUGUGCAUGUGGGCCUCCGCGAUCGGCUCCAGUCGCGACGUUCUUUUUCUUCUCUUCUUGCUGUGGAGCGGCCGGCCAAACUGGGCCACUUCUUGCUCCUCGCAGGUUGGUUUUCAUGCAUGGCACUUUAUUAA